UUCACCAGUAGCUCUUUCAUUUUGUUCAUGCAAAAUGAUAUCUAAACUUAAAGUCUUGUUUCUUUCUAGCGAUAUAAUUUUUUUCUUUCUUUUAAUCUUUAUUCAUUGUUGUUCUUCCCAAAUCACCUGCCCAAACUGUGGCUCUAUGCAAGUUCCUUAUCCCUUAAGCACAAGCCCCAAGUGUGGCGAUUCAAACUAUGCUCUAAGCUGUGAUAUUCACUCUCAGAAGCUUUACUUGGACGCCAUGAAUGGAAGCUCUUACCUUGUACUUAGAAUCAUGGCUUCGUCGCAACGCUUGGUGGUGCAGCCAUCGCCGUGGCUAGCUGGGACUUGUGUUACUCAAGAUAUGGUGGUAAGUGAAGGAAUCCGGUUGAAUCAGUCUCUUCCUUUUAACAUCACUUCAUCUAACACGGUCUUCCUCUUCAAUUGCUCGCCGCGCCUCUUGGUUUCGCCUCUAAAUUGUACUCCUUCUAGUCUUUGUCACAAAUUCCUGGAGAGCUCGGGGCGUGUUGACAGACAAAAAGCUGCUCAGUGUGCCAGUGAGCUCGACCCUUGUUGCACUUUUGUUGCGGGCGGUAUGCCUUCAGCAUAUAGGAUUAGACUUCACAGUUCGGGGUGUAAAGCUUUCAGAAGUAUCCUCCAUUUGGACCCUGAAAAGCCUGCAAAUGAAUGGGAAGAAGGACUGGAAAUUCAGUGGGCUCCUCCCUCGGAACCAGUUUGCAAAACACAGACUGAUUGCACUGGAGCUUCAAAAUGUUCACCUUCUGCCACGAAUGGCCUCUUUCGUCGCUGCCUUUGCGAUAACGGCUACAAAUGGGAUCAUGUUCUUGGAACCUGCUUGAGGAUGAAGAGAAACAAUAAAACUGGCCUCACCUUGAAGGUGUCAAUUGGGUUAAUCUCCUUUUUCGCUUUAAGUGUUGCUUUGGCAGCAAUUACAGUAAGAAAAUUCCUGAAACCUUCCAACAAGGCAAUAAGGCUUGCCAAGGCAAGAGAAGACUUGUUGAAAUCGAGCCAUGGUGGAAAACAAGCAAGAAUUUUUCACUUGAAAGAGGUGAAGAAAGCCACAAACGGGUUCUCAAAAGACAGGAUUUUGGGGAGUGGUGGGUUUGGUGAAGUGUACAAAGGGGAGCUUCAAGAUGGAACUGUAGUUGCUGUCAAAGCAGCAAAAGUGGGAAACAUUAAAAGCACCGAACAAGUUCUCAAUGAACUCGGGAUACUUUCACAAGUCAACCACAAGAACUUGGUCAGACUCUUAGGUUAUUGUGUAGAAGCUGAGCAGCCAUUGAUGAUCUAUGACUACAUUUCAAACGGGACCCUCUUUGACCAUUUACAAGGAAAGUAUUCCACAUUUUUAACCUGGGAAACAAGGCUAAGAAUCGCUUUACAAACCGCUGAAGCUCUAGCUUAUCUCCAUUCUGCUGCAUAUACUCCCAUUUACCAUAGAGAUGUCAAAUCAACAAAUAUUCUGUUAGAUGAUGAGUUCAAUGCAAAGGUUUCUGAUUUUGGUCUCUCAAGAUUGGCUCUUCCAGGGCUGAGUCAUGUAUCAACAUGUGCUCAGGGAACACUCGGAUACUUGGAUCCUGAGUACUUUCGAAACUAUCAGUUGACUGAUAAAAGUGAUGUUUAUAGUUUCGGGGUGGUGUUGCUCGAGCUUCUGACUUCAAACAAAGCGAUUGACUUCUCACGAGAGGCGGAUGAUGUGAACUUGGCGAUAUAUGUGAGCCAAAGAGCUGCAAAUGGUGCAAUCAUUGAAGUGAUGGAUCAGAGGCUGAUUGGGGAGGAGCCCUCUGAAAAUAUUCUGGCGAGUGCUAAAGUAUUUUUGGAGCUUGCAUUUGCUUGUUUGAGGGAGAAGAAAAUUGCGAGACCUUCCAUGAAUGAUGUUGUACAUCAACUCGAAGGCAUAAUCCAGAUUGUAAGUCAGGAAAAACAGGUUUCUAAUGAGGUCAAAGAUGAAACUGUAUGAACUUCCAUACUCUCUAGAAUUUGUGACAUCAGUACGUGUUGAAUAUAUGUAAUUUAAAAAAGCAACCUUUGAUAAUUUGAAGGUUGUUUUUUCUAUACUUGUCCUUUCUAGAA